UGGAUAUCGUGUUGCCGAAAAUGACUCCGGACCACUGCCGAGUCCAUCUAUUCCAGGCGAGAACCACCAAGAUGGACGCGACCAAAGUCAGCCAGUACAUGAAACUAUUUCUUAUCGUGUCAGACUACGUGCAACUGUACGACUAUAACAACGGGUUGAUGUACCUGGCGGACUGGCGAGGCGGCAGCGCGAUCGACUUCACCAUGUCAGUCAACUUCACACAGUUCCGGACUAUCCUGGACACUGCGUUUGAAGGGUACAGCAUGAGGAUAAAGGCCAUUCACAUCCUCACAGACUCCAAGCCCAUGACGGCCCUGGUGAUGCUGUUCAAGCAGGUCAUGAGCGCGAAGAUCAGCAGCAGGAUCCAGGUACAUAAUACCCUGGACUCCGUCUACGAGUAUAUACCUAAGAGCGUGCUGCCCGUGGAAUAUGGGGGUGAGGACAGGACUGUGCGGGAGUUGAGAGACGAAUUCAUAGAGGAGCUGUGCUCGGACUACUUCAAGGAUUACAGGAAGCAGAUCAACAAGGCGCGGACGGAUGAGAACUUCCGUUCAAAGGACCUGUUCAACUCCGAGUACAUGGGCAUGUCGGGCACGUUCAGAAACCUCAGCGUGGACUAA